AUUCAAUAAUGAAUGCAUUUAACAGGAGGGAAUAGUAUGCAAACUCACCGAGCUUGCAUGCGGAACGUGAUGUACUAUUGGCUGCAGUCUGAAAUACAAUAUUUACUGAAUUAAAUUCAAUAUUGCCGUGUACUUUAGCGGAAGAAGAAACGCAUAUUUAUACGCAUCAAAUCAGCACACGAGUAAAUGGAUUUCCUUACUGCGCGCAUCUCUUUGCUGUUGCAUAGCCAACUGUAGCUUUCCGUGUACGGCUAACAUUUAAAUGACAAAACAAGCACGAUUCUUCCGCGAAUUUGGUAUUUCGCGUAGUUACCUUAAUUUAUGAAGGCUUAUUACGAUUUUUUCCAGAAUGCAGAGGUUCAUUUCUCCGUCCUCGUGUUUCUCACCCCCAUGCGCAUAUCGAACGCUUUUUGGGGAAUAGCAUAGUCACUACACAUCAGACAGGACCGAUCCCAAAGCACACAGAAGCUCUAAAAUGUCAAAACUCAGCGUUGAACUGCUACUACUGCGGGAGAUUUCCGACAAAAAGGUAAUGUUGGUGUGGAUAUUGCUCGGCACCGCUUUCUGUGUUGAUGGCUUCAGAAUUGAUAACAGGACGCAGGUGGCCUACGGGCGGGACCUGAUCAUCCCCUUCUCCCGGCGGGCGGUGGUGCUGCUGUUCUCCCCCGCGGACAUGCGGUUUGCCCCCAUAAUGGCGUGGAGCAUCCAGGACCCCGCCGGCGUCGAGUGGCGGCGCGGCCGGUCCGACGGCCGCCACUGGAUCCUGGAGGGGGUGACCUAUGAGGACCAGGGGAAGUACACCCAGCACGACAGCACCAACCACAUCCUGUCCUCCGUCAUCCUGACCGUCAGAGAGGAGCGGCACUACCUGGACCGGCGUGUGAACGGUUCCAUGACCAUCUCGCUCCGCGUGCCGCUGGCCGACGCCCAGCUGUCCUUCACCCCGGAGGGCGGGAAGGAGAACUACAGCCUGGUGCGGCGCGGGACGCUGGACACGCCCGACGAGUCCUACCGAGCCCGUCUGCAGCUGGGGCUGUCCAGGAUCAUCCUGGAGGGCCUGACUAUGGAGGACAGCGGCCAGUAUGAGCUGCGCGACCGAAACCUGAACCUGGUGUCCACCACCCGGCUGCGAGUCAGCGACUCUGACGACACGUCGGGGAACCCCUACCUGGCCCUCCUGGCCCUGCUGGGUGUGGGGGGGGGCAUCUUCUGCUGUGUGAGGAAGAAGAAGUGCUGCAAGAAGAAGAGCCCCCACAUUCAGGGUGACUCACAUUCACCUGAGCAGCCCAACGGAGACGGCCAGGUUUUCUAUCAUCCAACUCCCAACGAUCCCAGCCAGUCAAACUGGACCGACCCGGCUGGUCCUCCACCAGACUGGAUUGGACCAACCGGUCCUCCACCAAACUGGGCUGGACCAGCAGGUCCACCACCGAACUGGAUUGGACCGGCUGGUCCACCACCAAACUGGGCCGGACCGGCUGGUCCACCACCAAACUGGGCCGGACCGGCUGGCCCACCACCAAACUGGGCCGGACCGCCACAACCAGAUUAUGGCCAAAAUCCCCCCAAUGUGAUGUACCCUCCCAUGAACCCCCAGCCACAGUGGACCCCAGGACCCCAGGCCGCGGGCUAUGCUCCUGUCAUGUACAGUGCACCUCCCACUGCAUCAGAGCCAGUGAAGGAGGAUGAGAAAGAGGCAAUAGCUACUGACAGCCUGACUGCCCCUGACACUGAGGAUUCGGAUGGGAAGCAGAAGCCAUCGUCUCCCUCCUUCCCCCCGAGCUCAGACUGUUUGCACUCAUCAGCCCAGGGGGUCCAGUUCCAGAUUGACAAGGAGGACAGGACAAAGGACUACAGUAAUCACGAUCCCCAGGGCAGCGGCACACGCGCCUCCGAAAACUUCCUCUAGAGCAUCACUUCCUCUAUCCUGAUGUUUGACGGCCACAGUCCAGGGGCUUUCUGUCACUUCCUGUUCCCUGGAGAACCUAAUUUUAGAGGCCACAGUCUGACCAGAACUUCUCUGCCUGCAAGCCUGGCUCAAAUGCUUUGUUUCAAGCACUUUAACCCCUUAAAGUGAAAUUCCUGCAGGAUUACUCACAACUAUAUGAGAUGUGCAUUUUCAUCCAGGCUCUUAUUUCAUAUGAUUGAUAUGUUUAAGAUGCUUUGUUGAAAAUUCUCAAAUGCAAAAUGCUUUUUUACUCAGACACUGGAAAAUGUGACACUCCUGUUUAUCCCUGAAAUAAGAGUUUCAAAGUGAAAAUGUGUUUAAUAACCAAAACCACCAUUUGUGUUAAAAUGGCCCAUAAUCCUGUGGGAAUCGUUUUGGUGUCUGAAGACUUCCGGCCAGGUGUGCAGGGAGCUGAGUGCCCUGGGGGACUGGAGUUACCACCCCCUCCCCCCUCCCAAGAGAGGGGGUGGAGGGGGGCGGGGGGCAAUUCUGUGGCUAGUUGGGGUGAAUUUGGGAUUAGGAGAAUGGGGAUGGUAGGGGGGGUUGGGGGGAGUAGUUUGUUUUAAUCUAGCGAUUUACACUUUUUAAUGUUUUGUGAGCCAGUGUAAUUAUAAGAUAGAUUCUGACAGCCUUCACUGGAUGGCAUCAUCAGUCAUUCGUCACCAUAGAAACAGAACUCCUCAAACAGCAGGGGGCCAGAGAGAGCAGAGGGAGACUUCAGCCCUCCUGUGACUGAUCAAGAGCAAAUAUUUUUAUCCAAUCCAAACUCAAGAGUAUGAAACCUUCAUCCAAUCAGGAUAGAACAAGCAAAAAAGAAAUAAAUCUGAAAAAAUUAUGCCAAAAAGCUAAGACCUAAACUGACUGCCUGUCAAACUCAGAUUAUUCCAGAAUGGCCAAAAUCAUACCUGUAGCGCUGAGCAUUCUGUCAUCAGAGGGGGAAAGUCCAGGGGUCAGAAAGUAAAAGUCCUGCCGUGUGUUUCUUCCACCCAUGAACUCAGCCAGCUGACAUCACUAAUUAGUUCCAGCUCCUGGCUGCAGUAUUGUGCCCGUUAGCAAAUCUGGGUGAUUGGAACAAAAUACUGGGGGGGACUUUUACUUUCUGAAUGUAAGAUCUUGCCAGCUCUGCCUGUUAUCGGCCAAAGACUGAGUUUGAGAACACCUGUUCAGAUUCGUGAGCUUGAGCAGCAGAGCAGCAGGGCAUGGCUAACAUGGCCGACCUUUGUACGGCUGGACACUGCAGAUUUUUACUCCAGCAAUGUGGAGUGCCUCGAAUCAGUCACACCGGACUGGAACCUGUGACUUUCCGGGUCUUCCUGGUGCUACCUCAUAAGUACCUCCCUGGCCGUAGCAGUCGGCAUAACCUAGCCAGCUCCGUUAGCUCAGCCGUGGUGUAGAAACAUUUGCAGUGUUGUAGAAAACUAUGUGCUUUGUGUAAAUGUUGAAAGCAUGUAUUGUGUGUAUUUGUGGGAGAUAACUGGACGACAGUAAUGAUCGGUCAAAUUAAGAAAUACAGCUUCUCUGUAAUAUUUAUGUGCAAAACUCUUACUGUAGUGUCAUGCCUUUAUUGUAGUUUGUUUGACAAUGUACACACAUAUCCACUCUUAAAAAAAAAAGAGAAAAGCAAGAUUUGCAUUUGUUUUCCUUUAACCCAAACUGAAGUAGGACAAAAAAGCUCAAAUUGGCAGUGUGUGUGUCUGUGUCUCUCUGAGUGUGUGUGUGUUUGUGCAGCUGUGUGUGUGUCUGCAUGUGUGUGUGUCUAUGUGUGUGUGCGUGUUUGUGUGUGCAUGUCUGUUUCUCUGAAUGUGUGUGUGAGAGUGUUUGUGCGUGUGUAUGCGUGUUUGUAUGUGUGUUUGUGUGUGUGAGUGUCUGUUUCUCUGAGUGUGUGUGUGAGAGAGAGAGUGUUUGUACGUGUUUGUGUGAGAGAGUGCGUGUAUGCGUGUUUGUGUGUGUCUGGGUGUGUUAGCGUGUUUUUCCCAUCACUCCUCCUUCUUGCGCUCCACCGUU